UUAAGCUUAAUUACAAAUAGAUUUAUUUACUGAGAAUAAAGAACGUGCAAUUUAACCAGUAGCCGAACAAUAAAACAUCAGACGGUUUUUUGGUGUUUUUUUUAGCAAUUACGACUGGGUGGGGUAACGGCUUUUCAUUGUCUAUUCAUUUAAGUUACUCUGGGGGGGAAAUGGAAAGUUUGAGUGCAGAGAGGGACUGUAGUGCUCUUGUUAGGUGAGAGGAGGAGAGGGAGGGAGGUGGGAGUGCGUGGGACAGCCGGGCAGACGGAGAAGGGAGGGGGAAAAUGCAGCUUGGACAUUCCCAGGCUGGGAAAUAUAGCGGAGAGUGAGAGGGGAAGAGAGGAGGAAUGUUUUCCACGCGCUGAAAUCUUUCAUAAAGAAAGAUUGGAAGGCGAAAAAUCACUCAAAGGAGGUAAUGGGGGCUGUUUGAUAAUAACUGAGAAGAGAAAGUUUGUUUUUGUUUUUUUUGCUGAGAAUGCAGAGAGGAAGCAAAUGCAGCAACGGAGCUGAGGACUAUGUAGGAAUUCCUGACUGAAGUCAUGGGUUCGGAGGCAAUGGAGGAUUGUGUGCAGGGGGCGCUCUCAUCACUUUAUCCUCCUUUUGAGAGCACAGCACCACCCCUCCUCUCCCAGGUCUUUUCAGUCCUGGAGUCAACCUAUCAACACGACAGUCUUCGCUACCUCCUGGACUACUUUGUUCCUGCCAAGCACCUCCUGCACAAACUCCAACAGCACGCCUGCUCUCAGUACCUGGGCUGCUUGUUCCUUCACUCUGGCUGGCCUCUGUGUCUAGGCGAGAAAGUGGUCGUACAGCUCUCCACCCUGGACUGGAGGCUCCUGCGCAGUAAUGACUUCUAUCUGCAGGUAGUGCCUUUCUCUACGCGCUGCCCCCGGCUGGCCCUAAAAUGUCUGGCCCCUGGGGGGCGCACCGUUCAGGAAAUCUUGGUACCUGAGUCACAGCACCCCCUUGUGUUCAGCACUGAGUGGUUGCACAGCGUCAACAAAGAACGGGGCCACAAGAGAGAAGUUGGAGGAGGACUUGAUACCUGCCUGGUCAGUACAUGUGAUGGUGUGGUUCGACUUCCAUGGAAGGAGGUUGUCUACCCAAAAUUCAUCCACGACCCUUCGGAGGAGCUGGGCCUGAUGUCGAACCAAGAGGGCCCCAUAUCCAACCGCCUGCCCAGUGAGGGGGGCAGUAGCCUUGGGGGAUGGGGUGGCUCAUCCUCUGGAGAACUUGACUCCUGGUCCUGGGAUGAGGAGGAAGAUGAUGGUUUACCACCAGACGGCGUGGACUCUGAGCCUGCCCUUCCCCGGCGAAGGCGUAGUGAAGAUGGGCUCGGGAGAACAGCGAGGCAUCCUCAGCUGGACGGGGACUAUGUGGAACUGUUGGAGCCCAGAGUGGGUCCUGAUGGAGGGGUUGACACAAGGCAGAGGUACCUGGAGAUGCAUGGAAUUUGUAAGACCAAGACUUUGCCUCUGUGCAGGAGAGGUAAAGCUAUCAAACUCCGGAAGGGGAAAGCUUGGGGCUAUGGGAGACUGGAAGGGUCAGGAAGCUUUCGUGGUGUCCUUGGUGCCAAAAGAGACGUAGUAAACCCAAAAGGUGACAUUUUACCACCUCGACCUCCACCAGUCACUGAACCUGGCAGAGGGAGACGGUUUUACUCCUCUUCUGUCCACGACUCUGAUGAAGGAGAUAAAACAAACAGAGACACUGAGGGCCUGGAAAGCCACCGGCUUUAUUUUGAUGGCCCGUUCAAAGAGAGGAGGCCUGGCGUGGGCAAGGAGAGAGAUAGCAAUGGCCUCACACAGCCGUGCAGAGACGAGCACGGAGGUAAAGACUCAGAGAGUGGGGACAGUUUGGUCACAAAUGAAAUCCAUGACAUGAUGAACCACAAGGUCGGGCAUGGUAUAGAGGGCCACUCAGAUCAUGGAUCUCAUUCAGACUCUGUUUUCGAGGAUACAGAUAAACCACUGAGCGGAGACAGUGAUGCCACCACCCCAACAUCAGACGCACCAGAGAGACCAUUCACUGGAGUCUUAGAAAGUGGAGAGAUUACCAAAAGUGGAUCUAAAAUAAAGAGUUUGUCUCACCCAAAGGUGACAGAAGAAAUAGAUGAAGGAAAGACAGAGGACAGAGUGUGUCCCAGAGGAAAGGAAGUUAAAACUGCAGGAUUCAGAGCGCCAAGGAGGAAAAGGAAGGGAAAGGGGGCCAAAGGGAGGGCUAGGUCUGGUGGUCGUGUACAUCAAAAGGGAUCAAAACAGCAGGGUAAAGCUGCUCAACCAAGUCCCACCAUCUGCGCUGCUUUGACAAAGCUGCCAAUCACAGAGGAGAACCAGUCAGAGCAAAGAGAACAGGCAGACGAACCUGAUGGAGUGCCACCUUCAACUAAUGACGAAACAGAGGACACAAGGAAAAGCAGUGCAGAGACAGAAGCCAAAUCUGUGCCUGUCUGCAAUGGACAAUCAGGCACAUCCUUAUUUAACCACUCUAAUGAGGAGGCAGGGUCAGGAGAGACAUGUCCUGACCAGCUAAAUGGUGUUGCAUCCAAAGAGCCUCCCCUGCUGAGGGAAUUGGACACAGAGCUUCUCCAGUCAGGAAAGCUAAAGUUGACAGGUACAGUAGACAGGUUGGGACGUGCUCUUGUUGUCACAGAGACAGAUGCAUCAGAGGAGAGUUUCUGUGAGCAGGAGAUGGCCCGGGUACUGGCCUGCUACCACAGAAUCACUCGGCCUGCAGCCAAAGACAAAGGUCUCACAGUGUUAAUGGACAGCAGACGCUCUCCACCCUCCACUCGCAGCCUCUCUGCACUUAAAUUGUUCCAGGUGUUGGUUCCUGGCGGUCUUGGAUCUGUUCUGGUUUUGGUGGAAGAGCAGCAGGGGUCCCUUUCGCACAACCUGGAAGAUGCAGAGAUCCACACAGUGCGAGGAACAGGGGUCCUUCAGCAAUAUGUAGACAAGCAACAGCUGCCCAAAGAGAUGGACGGAGACUUCACCCACUGUCACGCAGACUGGCUGGUCUUCAGACUAAGUCUGGAGAGUCUGACAGAGCGUUGUGAGAGCGCCCUCGCACUCCUAGGAGAAGCACUGCAGUCUAUGGACACUGAGCCAAUGCCGGACAACAUCAAGACGGUUCCCCUGAGCAUCGACAAACACAGACAGCUCAUGGUGAGCGUCCUGGCUGACCAACGUUUAACUGAACUACAGCAAAGGGGCGGAGCUUGGCUUGCAGGACUGACCAAUAGCGCUUCUGGACUGGCACAGAAGUCACCAGACUGCAGGGCUGCUCUUGCUGUGACCUCUAAACUCUAUGACAGUGUCGAUGACGCCCUCCAUCGGCUGGUCCGAGUGUCCAACCAGAGAGGUCGCGACCUGGAAGCUCUGGGACGACUAGCGGGGCUGGUGGACAAACUGGAAAAGUGUGAUAAGGAGAUUGAGCAGGUCCAGUCACAGUUGGAAGACUACAAGGACCCUCCUCUGUCCCUCAGCAGACUCUCGCUCAAACAGCAGAAAUUCAAGACAUUCAAAGAAACAGCCAAUGAACUGCACAGUGAGACUCUGUCAGUGCUCAGUGCUUUGGAGGGCUGGUGCGAGCUGGACUGGGCAGGCCUGAGCAAUGUCCAGAUCCGACUUCCACCAGUCAGGGAGAAGCUGAGAGACAUGUCCCACUGUCUGUCUGACUGCUGGACCACCCUGGAUAACACACAGAGGCUGCUGUCCACAUUGACCGAGGCCACCCAGUGGUGCGAUGCAGUCUCCUCCACCUCCUCCUCCCCUUCGUCCUCUUCUUCCACCUGCCCUCUUGCCUCCCUCCCUCCGAUCCCCCCAUCCCGUUUCCAGGAUGCUCGUUCCUUAGCCAUAGAGCUGGGCGGCGGGGCGCUCCUGGAUCUCUGGACCCAGACAGUAGAGCGCUACCAGCGGACUGUUGCGCAGGUUAAACCCCGGUUCCUCCAGUCUGACAGGGCCCAGAAUCAGGGCCAGGGGAAACCAAAGACGCCUUCCGCCAACAGCCUGUGGGACUUGAUGGGUCCUGAGGGAGAGGGUGACUGGGGACUGGGAUCUGGAGGAUGUGAGGGGGGGCUGCAGUCCUGGGGAUCACUGGCAUCACUGUUCAGACCACAGACCUGCUCCACACUGAAGAUAGGAGAGGAGAAAGGGAAUAAGAAAGACGGAGUGGGGGGAGGAAGUGGAGGAGGAGCAGGUGGAGCUGGAGGAGGAAAGUUCCUGCAGAACCUUCUGAAUCCUGCAAAGAAGAGUCCCACAGAUGCCCCGCUCCCUUCUAAGCCCCCCAGGAAGCGCCACCCAAGCUUUGACCUCCAGGCUCUUCUGGCUCCCCGCAGAGGCACGGCCACCCCCAAACCCGAGUCCCCGGUGGGUGGGCCGAGCCGUAAUUCCCCCAUGUCCUGGCUGGGGCGACGGACGUUAGCUGACCCAGUAAUUACCACUAGCAUGGCUGCAGCCAUCCCUGGAUGGGGUGGAGGAGGAGGGGUGUUAAUUCGAGGGGUGGAGGUCAGCAGCAAAGAGGUGGUGGACCACACGGGGUCACCACGGCAACACGUGCUGCUCGGGAGGACUGAGAGGGAGACGGGGACAGAUAGGGCCGGUUCAACUGCACAAAGUAAGCUGUACCUGCUCUGGUGUAGGAUGCUGAGUUCAGAGAGGCAGUAUGUGGCUGUCCUGAAGGGGGUAGAAGAGACAUACCUCCCCUUACUUGAGCUCUCAGACACCCCGGCCUCCAUCAGGGGGAAGGCAGACACCCUCUUCCCCAACUGGGCCAGCCUCAGCACCUUCCACUCGCAGAACCUACUCCCUGCCAUGGAGGGCGCUCUUGUGCAGAGCUUGUUGCAACAGGACUGCUUCAGCAAAUAUCGGGACCAGUUUCUGCAGUAUUCCCACUACAUCAGGACUAAACUAGAACUGGACUCUCCACUGGUCACACAGGCUGCCGACUUCUUUAAGUCCAAACUCCCCCCAGCCUCCCCCCUCUCCCCUCUGUCCUUCCCUCACUGUCUUCAGGCUCCCACUCACAGACUGGAGCAGUACUGCGAGGCCCUGGAGGAGCUGGGAGGGAUAAACCCCGCCUCUGACUCCGCCCUCUCCAUCCUGAGACACGCCCAGCGGCACGGCGAGGACCUCAGGGCCAGUGACCUCAUCGUCGGAUGUCCGAUCCCCGUGGCGGAGCGUGGCGAGCUGGUGCGGCAGGGCGAGCUGAUGGUGUGUGGUGGAGCUCGGAGGAAGCGUGCGGGAGUGAGAAACGUGUUCCUCUACCAGCACGUCGUCAUCUUCACCAAACAGAAGAGCCCCGGCCCGGGACGCAUCUCCUAUAGCUACAAACACAGCAUCAAGACAGGUGAGAUGGGUCUGACUCAGAGCGUGGGUGAGGAAGGAGUGAAGUUUGAAGUUUGGGUCCGACAGGCUCCUCGAACCAGAGACUGCAUCACGCUGCAAGCGAAGGACAGGGAAGACAGGGUGACCUGGACUCAUGAUAUUGCCCAUCUGCUGUGGACACACGCCAUCAACAACACAGAGUUGUGUCUGAAGGAGUCACUCUGCAUGGGAAUUUCCAGUAAGCUGCUACUGGACGCGACAGGAACUCCAGGCUCAGAGCUGGACUCCAUCUACAGUCUUAAUGACAGAGUCCACAGUAGCUGCUCAGACUCCUCCUCUGUCGGCAGUCAGAAGGAGGGGGGAUCCCCAGCGUCUGGGAGGGACCCCAGGAGAAGCUCCGGAUCAACAAGUUACUCACAGAGUCAGUCUCCAUCUACAGCUGUGUAACUGCCAUCUCAAUGAGAAAACUGGACCCUGGACUUUUUGAAGAUUUAAACAUCUCUAUUCCACCUCUGGACAAGCCAAACUGGACUUCGAGGAGCAAGAAGACAAAAGAUCUGAAAUUCUGAACUUCUCCCACAUGUUCGCUCUCCUUCCCCUUUCCCCCUUUUGCCCCUUUCACCUCCUUAAAACACUUAAAAGCCAGCAGAUUAGCCAGAGCAGCACUGCACUGCUCUCCCCCCCAUUUUAAACCUCCCAGCUCUGAUAUGAACCCCAGAAGAAAAGCUGCCUCUAAAAAGGAUCAAAACUACUCUGUUUAAACCAUGACAAGCACCAGCAGGGCUCUCUGCGCUCCGCCAUUUUGGAUCUGCCAGUCUCAGUUGCUGGCAGAGUCAUUGACACCAAAGGCACUUCAGCCACACAGUGCGACCAUUGUCUGCCCCGCGGCUCCCCACUAGGCCAAACCACUUGGUCUGAACCACUGACUGCCGGGCUGGCUGACUGUAAGCAUCACAUCACAAGCUCCAGCAUCUGAUAAUAAACAGGAAGUGAUAUACAGAGUGUAAAUCCACCGUAGGAUUGCAGAUUUAGAAUGUAUUAAGUACUUUGUCAUUUUCAUAACGCUGAAUGGAGUACUAUAGGCUUUUUUUCCCCUCCUGCCUGUGGAAACAUGUGUGGCAUAGGCUAGGUGUGAUUGCAUCUAUGUAAAUGAGGCAGGGGUGGUGUGAGCACACACACACACACACACACACACACACACACACACACACACAGUGUCUCUCAACACAUGCAGUCAUUCUUAUUGUUAUAAGACAGUGGAACACUAUUCACAUUCACGUGCUCACACACUCACACACUCACACUCACUGAGGCCAUUUUAGAGCCUGGUACAGUGGCUAAAUCAACAUCAGGCAAGGUUACAUCUACAUCUACAUACAGUAAGCUUUGCCUUGAUGAUGAACUGGAACGUCUUACAAUAUCAUAUCCAACUGCUAUACAUUCUGUUACUGUGUUUGUUUAAGCUAAUGAUGUUGUAUUAACAGUGGUUUAAGGGUGAAUGGUAUUUAGUCUUCUUUAAAGUAUAACUUAUGUCAGCAACAUGAGCUUCUUGGUGCCUUAAAAAUGUUCUUCAGUGUACUGAUAAGUGCUGAUAAUGAAUUCAGUACAGUACUUUUUAAUAUAAGAUGCCGUAUUCCAUAUGCCAAAGGUAUAAAAUGGGUGUCUGUGCAAUGUUAAUUUGUGUACAAAGAGGUAUUGUUGUUACAUUUAGUCUGGGCUUUCCUGAUUGGAACGCUUUCUCCAUAAAAUGUAGAAAGGUGGAUCUGUUAAGUGUGCUAUUUUUGGAUUUUACCGGUUUUGUGCUUGCGGUCAGAGUUUCAAGAUAACAGUUUGAAGAAGUCUUAGUAAUAUCUUCAAAACCCACUGCCUAAAAUGUUUGAGAUGGUGAAGUUUUGAUGUCAGGGGCUUUAUCUUAAAUUUUAAAGGAAUAGUUUCUUAGGCACUUUCUUUCCAGGAGUUAGAGGAGAAGAUCGAUACCACUUUCAUAUCUGUAAGAUCAAUUUGAAGCUACUGCCAGCAGCCAGUUAGCUUAGCUUAGCAUAACGAUUGGAAACAGUGGGAAACCAUUAGCCUGGCUCUGUCCAAAGGUGACAAAAACCACAUACCAGCACAUCUAAAGCUCACUAAUUAACAUGUUAUGUCACGUUGCUUAAUCCAUAGACAAAAACAGAAGAGCAAAAACGACAAGUAGUUGGGGGGUUAUGUGCCAGACUAUUUCUUGGCCAGGCACAGCAUCUUCCUGGAGUCCAGUUAUGUGCCCCCUGUAAAAGUUUACACACUUUGUUUUUUUUGUAUGGAUUAAACUAAUGAGAAAUAACGUGUUAUUUAAUGAGCUUUUAGAGGUGCUGGUAGGCAGAUUUUGUUACCUUCAGACAGAGCUAAGCUAGCUGUUUCCCUCUGCGUCCAGUCUUUGUGCUAAGCUGAGCUAACUGACUGUAGGCGGUAGCUUCAUAUUGACCAUAGAUAUUACAGUGGUAUCAAUCUUCUCAUCUAACUCUCAGCAAGAAAGCAAAAACAUCCAUUUCCCAAAAUGUGGAACUUUUCCACAUCCAAAUAACUUCUACUAGCAGAACAGCAACUUAACCUCUGCUACUCUGCCAGACUCACUAGUGGGUCCAUUAAUAGACAUGUUACACUGCUGAGUUUUAUUCAAAAAAUUCUAUGAGGAAAUUAAAUUAGUACCGAAUAUGUACAAAAUGAUGCACAACAUACCUAGAACUUGUCAUUUUGUGUUAUGAUGCAGCCAAAAAAAAAGGUUUCAAUAUUUCAUAUGAUGACUUUAUUCAUAUUUUAUGAGAGCAAGCAUACCGUCAGUAAAACCAAUUAUCAUCCCCUCAUUGGUUUGAUUAGAUAGCAUGUGUAUGACAAUCAAACAAUAUCAUGCUUAAGGUACAAUAUGAAACCAUCAGGUAGCGAAACAACAGCAGAGGGAGGUUAAGCUCAUUUCUGCAGACAGCAGCAGCAGUUUGUCGCUGUUAUCAGAUUUAGCACGUUUCAUAUCUGCAUUCAAAUUCAAAAAUUGCAAAUGGCUAUUGAGCUGUUUCUGAAUCAAUAUGUAAUUUGUUGGCUUGGAGAAGCCUUGUACACUUCAUAGCCUUUAGCUGUUUGGUACAUUGCAUUAUAUUGGAAGCAAUGUAAUGAACACCAUCUUUCAUUCUUACUGCAGUAUAGAUUGUCAUAUGCAGAAUUCCUCACUUUUGUAUGCCACGGCAGGGCAGUAUUAAUGUAUAGAAACUUUUCGCUUGCUCUUUUGCUAUGACACACUCUGCCUGAUGUUUACAUUUUUUGGAAGGAAUGUGGAAUGUUGGAAAUGCAUGUUAUGCUUACUUGAUAAUUGUACUUUGACUGUUUUAUACUUUUCUGUGUUGAAUUAAAACUGGAUGCAAGUUCCAAA